UAACUUGCUGAUUCUGGGGAUAGUAUCUUCGGGUCAGUUUUACUGAGCCUAUAAAGUGCAGACCAUGUCAAGAAAUCAGCAGGUCGGACGUGAGCGUGCCCAAAAACGACCAAACCCUGACCAAAAUGCACAAAAAGUAUUUCAGAUAUCUAGUGCAGAUGACAUUCGGCGUAGCCUCAGGAAGCAGGAAGGAUCUGAAGUGACAGAAGCCCUGAUCGCCUUGCGCAACAAAUUCUCUGUCAAGCCUGCUGAAUCGGUCUCGCCUCAGGACGAACGUCUUCUCCUUGCAAAACAGUGGAUGGAUGUAACCCCUGGUGCUCAGGAUGUAUUUGAGAUAUGGGAGAAAUUGAAUCCGCAUCAGAUGUCUUCCUUGGCUCUACCCGUUUCGCUUCUGUCCUCAAUCCUCGUCCUACUCUCCGUUCAUUUCACCAACCAUUCUCAUGGACUUCCAAUAAUCAAAACGCUACUUUCUCCUCCUUGGAUGCGCAGGCUUACCUCAUAUCUGGGAGGUUCACAUAACGAGCUUAUUCUUGUUACUGUGAGGCUUUUAAACGCAAUAUCGGCAUUUGGGGGAGGGAGGGAGCGCAAAUCUCUUCUUGACGUUUUCCCCUGGGAAACAAAGUCGUUGCCCAAGCUUCUGUACAUGCGUCGUAGAGGAAAGAAUGAUGAUCAAGUUGACAUGCUAUCUAGGCCUGAUAUUCGCACUUGGUAUAUUCUGCUAAUACUCUCCUUCGUCGACCAACAUACACCAACGAUAGUGAAAACAGCUUUCUUAGAGCAGCACAGGGAAGUAUUCCUGGCGAUCUUCAAAGGCCUUGUGCAAGAUUCGUAUGUUGUAGCCCGCAAAAUCCUAGAGGUAUGCUGGGCAGGACUCUGGUCUGACCCAAAAAUAAGACGCACGUUGAAAAUUGGUCUUUUCAACGAGAUAACAAUAUCUCAUCUCUUAAAAUUAUAUGACCAUACGGGUGCUGAGAGUUCAGGGCCCGAACAUAUCCCAGCGGAUCUCGUGCACCACUUUCUUCUUGCAAUAUGCACCCGGCCUGGAAUCGGUAUCUGUUUCAAAGAUCGAGGAUGGUAUCCCCGGGAGUCUGAGGACGUGCUCGAGGCAGAUGACGAACGUAGUGCUCGUAGAGGCGGGAAGAUAUAUAACAAGAUUCUCUCAAACGUCUUGAAGAACCUCAAAGUAAAUGAGGAUUCGAGGCAACAAGAACUUGCUUCAAAGAUUAUGCUAGCUUGCCCAGAACUCGUUGCAGGGUACUGGUCUGGAGCGGCGUUGACUUUGGAACCUCGCCUUUCGUCCAAGUGGGUCGCAAAUAUUGCAUUCUUUGGGACCGUGCUGUCUCAGCCGGUACCAUCCUCGUCUUUCAUGCUUCCAGAUAGUGAUCUGUACCAGCCAUCACCACCCCCGCUUUACAAUAUACUAGAAAAUAUACUUCCCUCCGUGAACACAAAGCCCCAUCUCUCCAAAGGCCUCAAAUCUCCAUCGCAUCUCGUUCAGCACUGUACAGCUCUCGCUUUGGCCAAAUGCUUAAUGAAAUAUGCAGAAGUGAUAAAUUCGUUUCAUGCCGUCCAGGUAGCACUUGAAGAGGAUGAAGAAGAUGGACAGUGGAGUAAGAGGCGCAGAGACCUCGAGAAAGAAGUGCGACGACGAGUCCCCGAGUUCCAGGUCAUCAUUGCCUUUUCUCAACAAAACAAUUCACCAAAGGUAACAUUCCUUGCUGAAAGUGCACAGCGAUUGUUAUGGCUGUAUCAACGAUGUUUGCCGUCCCUGGUCGCUGAAGCCAGAUUUGACGUAGGGAAGCUACUUCAAGACUUUGUUGAUACUUCUUGGACGAUGUCUGACUCUUCAGAAGAAGAUUCAAAAUUACCCGGUGCUUUAGCUCUGCGCACCAUGAAACAACUUCAUGUUUUGCGGUUGUUGAAAGCAAGUGAUCAGUUCACUUGGUCUGGGAAAAUGGCAUCAACAACGCAUAGUUAUCUAUAUGUCCUUUUGAAAACAUUUAGCACGACUCGAAUUGAUGCAUUACGAGACACCUUGCAAGCUCUUUUACGGCAAAUUCUUUCGGAAAGCAUUAUGUUUCAACAGGAUCAAAAUGAAGUAGACCUUUGGCUCGCGUCGUUUCCAACAACCAGACGCGCACCGGAUUCAAGAUCUCCGGAUGGCACUCCACUGACCGACGAAACUGACGCCGUUAUCAUAUUCCUGGACGAUUGUGUGCAGCGUUUUCUCAAAACUCCUUAUCGAUAUUUCGAGAAAAUGCAAGAAUUGGCUGAGCCGGAACCUACCGAACCAAGGAAUGACACGAUUCAUGCACUGGACUAUCGUGACGAACCCCCGAGUUCAUUGCUCAUGGUAGUACUAGAACAAAUAGGAGCAAAAAUCAAUGGGAAGCUUUUAUCGCCCUCGGAUUCAUUAGCCAUCGUGACUUUCAUUCGAAAGUUGCUAUUCAGGCUAUCCGGAAAACAACAGGAUCUUUCUUUUCUCAUCGCUGUAUCAGAUAAAGUCGAUGCAAUUGUACAACCAGGCAACCUAUUCGCCAACUACCCGAGCAUUACUUCAGCUAUGCGAUCCGAAGUUUCCGUCAUCCAUACUUGUUUGCAUCGGCCGGAAGAAUUAUCCUUUCUCGAUAGAUCUGAGGACGCUACCAUUGUACAGGACUUCCUGCAUGAAAUUGAGCAGGGAUCAGCUCCUGCGUCCAUGAUGUCCCGAGCUUUAAUUGCUUUUAAGCUCAUAGACUUGGUGCGGUUGACUAACCAUCGGUUUAGAACAAGCGAGAUUGCUCGUUUGACAAAUGCUAUCGAACAUCUCCACAAACCUGCUCUUGCAGAAUUUUUCGCAGUUAUGCACCCUGCUGAGCAUAUUUUGUGGAAAGGUGCCGAUGUCGUGUCUCGUUACGAUGAGCUAUGUCAACAACUCGAAUUCGGUUGGCUGUUCAUCCAAAGUAAUUCUAGUGAUCUCUCCUCCGUACAGUGUCGUGACACUCUGGUCAACCUUCUCUUCAGUCGUUCUACGUCACAUCUGGAGGUUGAAAGGGCAAUCUGCAUGAUUGUUCAUGGCAUAACCUCUUCAGAGGAUAGGGAACAGCUUCAGUCGGAUUUAUUGCUUCUGCUUGCAUCAAUUAUGAAGAAAGCAUCAGCGAUGCUACAGAUCGCAGACAUGUCGGCUUUGAAGGAACGUGUGUUCGUGCAAUUGCAAUGUAUAAGGAGCUUGUGCUUUUCCAACUCACUUUCCCUUGACGUCGAACAUGGCCUUCAUGUCUUCGUCGAAGCAUCACUCGAUUCGACCUGUCCAGAGGAUAGAAUGCUAGUGGCAGACAUCAGUACCCAUUGGCUUGCUUUAUUUAGGACGAACAUUCUGUCAGAAGAACAAAAGCAUCUUACUUCAAUGAAAUUAUGGAUUCGUUACGUAGAGCCGGAAGGUCUCUUCGACCUGUUGGCCUUCAUUGGCAGGACUGUGAGCCACGCUGCUGAUCCCCGCGUGCUUGAGAUUCUCGAGGCUAUCCUUGUGAAUCUCAAGUCUGGGACGACUUCUUCAGUCUCAGAACUUGCUCUAAAAGAUCAGGUUACUCAGCUGCUCGCUUUACGACCUUUGGUACCUGAAUCUGACAAUCUGGAAAGCAUGAUUGCAUCAGCCAUUGUUUGGCAUCUACCUCUUUGCCAUGAUGGCCUUCCUUUCUCACCAGAUAAUAGUUCUGGGACUGGUCUCGAUUCAAUCACAUCAUGGUCUAGAGCUCGCUGGAAACGCCAUUCCAACAUCUCGUUAACGAACGCCAUGUCACAAUUUCUGGACCAAAAGUGCUGGACUGACUACACGCCUAAAAUUAUUUCAGCUUUCUUGUACACGGAUCCCUCUGCGAGGAAGGUUUUUAGUAGCUGGCUCACUGCUGAUGCAUGUACUGCGCUAUCCGAUGGUCAUCUUGCUACUGUUAUUCGAGCGUUCCUCGACUCGGACGACAGGGAAAACGACAUUUCAGGAGAAUUGGACAACGAGGCAUUGGCGACCGCUUUCGUACGACUAUUGCCCGAAGAUGGACGUUCUGGGGAGCUCAGGCGUAUAUGUUGCUAUUGUACUUCCGCUCUAAUUGCUUACCACUCAUCAAAACGUUCCGAUCUUCUUUCCCUAUUCCAGCAAAAGCUUUCCUCGUCGCCACUGGCCUAUCAGGUCCCUGAUUUAAUGGCUAUUGUCGACCAACUUCUCGCGCAGGAUAUCGAACUAGGCGGUAUUACUGUUGACGUGCUGGAUCGUAGUUUGCACUGGGCUGUCCGUUACCUUUCAGAAUAUGACUCUCCUGAUGAAGAAGGCCGACAACAAUUGCGGUUGCUGAAGACGCUCGUGAGUUCUCAAGGGAGUGCUAAGCCGCAUCUAAUGGAACCAGUCUUAACUGUCAUCAUACAAAAUCGCUUAUCUGAUAUUGAUGUAUCAGAACUGGCUGCAGUCCUAGUUCAGGGCACAUCACUGAAGCCUGCAGUUGUCAAUCGAUUGCUACAAAGUAUCCUUCACCAUCCUCAUUUCUUCAAGCUCACCGCCUCAGAAUCUGCGAAUACGACCUUGAGGAGUUCCAUUAUACGAUUGCUUUAUGUUUUGUUCAACCUCCAUCCAACAAACACUUGCCAGCCAUCUCACGUCGAGCCGCUAGUGCAUAUUUAUAGGGGUACUCUCUCAUACUCGGACAGCAUGCUGCUAUCAAUCUUCAAACUAUUCGAAGGUCAGCGCAAGACGUCUGUUUCAUCGAUCUUAGCAAGGUGGUCCCCUUCAAUGGAUGUUAGCGCAUCGACUUCUCUGCAAGCCGUUCAAAAUAUGGACCCUAUACAAAUGUUACGGACUUGCCUUGCUUACCCAACCUGUAGACGCUUUGCAGAGGAAGACAACGAGGAUAUGGCAUACAGACCCUCAACCGAUGAACAGAUAUACGACCCACCUUUUGUGAUCUCGCUCUUUGGUCAUAUGCUCUCUCAGAAUCCGCCUGCCUCAGCGAUGGCCUGGGUUGAGGUGUUCAGAACGAACGUGGUUUGCUUAUUGAUACGAUCUCUGUCCUCAAAAGACGCUGGUAUUCGUGAGGCCUCACUCUGUCAUAUCGCUGGUCUUUGGCGAUGUCUAGAGGUCGCAGAUAUGCAAGAAAAACCUCAAGUCAUGCAUAUCCUUCAUUUACUGAAAGAUACAUUUCCGUUAACGCCCAACGAGCCUCCUAAACGACUUCCCUCAUACACGUCCUUGAUGCUGCUACAUGCUAUGAAGGGUAUAUUCUAUCCGUCGAACUUCAUCUAUCCCAUGACAGCUCGCUUUCUCCUGCAACGCCCAGAAGUGGACAUCACGGACGUCCCUAUGUUGUAUAAUAUGCUAUACAGCAGCUCAGAUGACUGGAAAAAAGAGCGUGGUUGGAUUAUUCGGUUUUUAUCUGAUGGUAUGAUGAGUACCGAAGACUGGAGGGUUCUGAAGCGUCGACACACUUGGGACCUAUUAGCUAGUCUCUUCCAGAGCUCUGAAAAAGACCAAGCCUUGCGUCAUGGCAUUUUAGAGGUCCUUGCUAACAUUACAUGCAAUAUGCAAGCCACCACAUCGUUAAUCCUCAAGUCUUCUCUCCUGACAUGGAUAGAAAUGCAGCUGCAGGUAUGCAAAAGUAAAGAAAGCUUGGCGUGGGUCAAGAUUUUGGAGAAUAUCCUUGUCACAGUCAAUGCCUCAAGACUGGAUACCGCUACCAACGGAGAAUGGCGCUUUGUUCUGAGUCGAUGUCUUUUACUUGUCUUACAAGAUGCAGUGUUCGGAUCGACGUUAUCUGCGUUCGCUUCGGCAGCGUCGGUCAUCUUGAGAUUGAGCGUCUUACCUGGUAAAUCAAAUCCGCACCUCCCAUCACUCAUCACCAGGGCAGUCUACUGCUUGGAAAAGUUGGAGACAACAAUAACAUAUGAUCAGGAUGUCGACAAAACGAUAUCCAGGUGUCGAACCCGCAUCCCGCUCCCACCGUACCCAGCCCGCGGCUUUCACGAUGUACCACAUGUCGACGAUCCUCUCGACAUCUGGGGGAAAGCAGUCGAGACGCUCUGGCAAGCAAGCAUGUCCCUAGAUGAGAAAACUUCAGCUUGGGAUGCAUUGACGAGUAGAUUGCUUAUAUGGCGGUCUAUGGUAGGUGAGGAAAUAAGCCCGGUGGGUGAGUGGGCACGAAGGGAGGUGGUUUGUAAUCUACGACGAUAGAGUACUAUUUUGCAUAUGAAAAACCGGCGAAAGUAUGAUAAUGACAUAACAAAAAACUAUUCGACAAGAUAUAGUAAUAAGGCAACAAAGCAUUGAUGGAUAGCUGCGCACAACGUUCAGAGCUUGGAAAGUGGACUUGAGUCUAGUGCGUCCGUAAGUAUAUUAUAAAUGAUUUGGCUGAGACAUUCUGGGACUUGCUGUGGAACCUAGAACCAGCGUUUAGAGUACAGUGAUUCAGGAGAAGUGGAGUGUUACCAAAUGACCGGCACCAGGUAUGCGUGUGAUGGAUUCGAAUUUUCUUUUGGAUUUCCGAUCU